UCCUCCUCCUCCCCGCGUCUGGCCCCGCCCCGUGCUCCGCCAUGAGGCCGCCCCCCGCACCCCGCGUAUCCGCGCCGCGUUGAGGUCGAGCGGCCCGAUCCAGGAGGACCCAAGAGCAGGGAGCGAGGCCCGGGCCCUCGGGGCCGCGAUGUCUGGCGGCGGCGGCGGCGGGGACGAGGAGGACGAGGAUUCCCUGGCCCAGCUCAGGUCUCGCUGGGAGCUCCCGGCCAUCGCGCACUUCUGCUGGCUUUUCCGCGACGCCUUCGCACUCCCGGCCGCGGCCAUCGAGGAUGUGGAGGGCGCUUUGCUGAGGAACGAGACGGAGUUUGAGGAGGAGCUGCUGGUCGCGCUGCUCCAGGGCUGCUACCAGCGGCGUGACAUCACGAGAGAAAAUUAUGGCUAUUACCUCCACGACAUCGUGCGGCAUCGCUGGGAGCUGGAAGAGGGCCGGGAGAAUCCCCUGGAUGCUGAUGGAGCGGACCGUGUGUUUCUGGAGCUACCCUUGCGCACACGUGUCACGCUGCUGCAGCGGCUAUGCGAUUACCGGCUGGACGCCGCUGACGUUUACGACGUUCUCAAGGGUUGGGAGGCCGAGAGUCUUCGUCUUUGUCCGAUUGGUGAGGACUCCACCGGCGCUCUCUAUUGGUACUUCUACGGCACGCGGCUUUACAAGGAGGAGCCACCACCGCCGCCACCGCAACCUGUGGCCGCCGGCCGGGGCAAGCGGGGCAGGCGAGGGGGCCAGCGAGGGGCCCAGCGUCGGGGCCGGCACUUAGGGCAGUCCGAGUGCAAGAGAGAAGGCCGGCAAUUGGGCCGGCCGGUGGGAAAGAAGGGGUCAAGGAAAUUAAAACAGCGAGAAAAGAAGAAGACCAGGAGAGGUGAUGGGAAGAGGGGGAGACGAGGGCGUGCCUCCCGGGCAGACACCGGCCGGGAGCAACAAGAGGGCGCACACAGCGCCCGCGAUUGGAGGUUCGUCCUGGCUCCCUCUGCCUCACCCAGGGCUCUUCAUCUGCGCGACAGUGCACCGGAUAACGCAUGUUGGCCAGCGACACUCCUCUGGAGAGCGAUGCUGACUCGGAGCACUCUGACUGGAGGGAGACGACCAGAGCCAAACCGCGCGCAUCGCAAGCGGAAGAACUCUGCGUGCACGUGUGCAGGACCUGUGCCCAUGGCUCGUCUCGGCGCCUGGUCCCUGGUGUGCGAGUAUCUCCCCGAGUGGCAGGCGCUCGCUGAUUCCUUGCAGCGCAGCCGCUCUUUCAAGGAGCGCCACCUCUACCGUACGCUGGUCGGGUCUCUCAUUCCCCACGUGACGGCCACUGCCGCCGAGAAGGAGAAGACGCUGCACAAGCAGUUGCUGGAGAUGGCUCCUCGCCGUGCAUCUGACCGUCUCACCGUCAAACGUGUGCAGCAGGAGGAGGAGGACCGACUGUUGGCCAUCCGCGAGGUGGAGCAGGAGAAGGAGCGAGAGCGGCGGCGCGCCGAGCGGGAAAUUAGGAAAGCUGAGAGACGUCGCAGGGAGAAGGAAGGGCGGCCUCACCAUAAACACCGGCGAGAGGAGCAGUUCCUUGUGGAGUCACAGGGACAGAAGCCAGUUCCAGAACUCGGUGACACGGGCUCCCAACCCGUGUCCGUCACUCCACAUCCCCUAGGAGACACGUUUGAACUGGAUGAGGAAUAUAUAUCCAUGUUUAAAGUGCUCGAGGCCGUGAAGGCGCACAAGGAUGCAUGGCCAUUUCUGGAGGCUGUGGACGAGGCCUAUGCUCCGCACUACUACGACAUCAUCAAGAGCCCCAUGGACCUGGCGAGGAUCGAGCGCAACCUGAGUGCCCAGCAGUACCAGUGCAAGGAGGAGUUGGUCGCUGACGUGAAGCUCAUGUUUGAGAACUGCCGUCAGUACAACGGCGAAAUCAGCGAGUACACACAGAUGGCCGAAAGCCUUGAGAGCGUGUUCGACCGCGCGAUGACGAAGCACUUCCCCGGAGAGAGCGGGGAGAGUGCAGACGAGGCCCUGAGGGGACCCUUGGGUCACCGCAACAAAAGGGGCGGCAGGAGGGGUCGCGGCGGCGUGCGCGGGGCCCGUGGGAGGGGCCGCAGGACCGUCGCCGCCCGGAGGGAGGAGGACUCUGAAAGCUCCGACUCCAGUUGGGAUGGUGAGGGGCCUCCCUCCGGCCCAUACCGCGACAGCGACGGCGCCAGGGGGCGCAGUGACGAGUCGGAGGAGCGCGCGAGGCGCUGGACCCGUGCGGCGCCUUCGCGUGACGGACACGGGAGAGGCGCGUAUGGGACGGAGCGGCCACGUGCCCACACGAAGCGCGAAAGGGAUGCCCUCAACUCCAGCAGCGAAGACACGCGCGGCUCUGAGUCAGAGUCGCGAUCGGCAUCCGAGUUGGAGGAGGAAGAGGAGGAGGCAAGGGCCGAGCCUGUCAAGCACGAGAGGGAAGCGUCUGUGGAGCACGGGGAUGUCUCGUCGCCAGGCAGGGAGCAGAGCAGGGCCGAGCUGCACCGCGGGGCUUCCCCCACCCUCCCCUCCGAGUGGACACCCACCCCAGUGAAGAAGCAGCCGCUGGUGGAUGGCGUGGGUGCGGAGGAAGUGAACGCUGCGCGACCCCGCAACCCCUACUACUCGCUCUCCAGACAGCAGCCAGCGGCGCCAGAGCCUCGGCCCUUCCCCUUGCCUACUUCCCCCGGCGCGAGCUCCGCUUCUGCCCUCCACCUACCACAAGGCCCGCAUUCCCAUCACACAAAUGGAUUUCCCAGCACUGGGCUUCACGGUCUGCACUCCCUGGCAGCCGCCUAUGCAAAAGUACCCAGAGGGGCGCCAUCGUCCUCGGGGCCCAACCCUCCAGCCCAAACGCCUGUCACCUCCCCACCCAGCCUUCGUGCCCCACAGGCCGACCACAUUCCCGCCCUCCCAUCCUCUAAUUCCUCCCUCCGCUCGGUGUGGCGCUCCUUUGGCUUCAGAGACGGCCCUCUCACACCCGAGAGGCGGGUUGGCCACAGCCUUCCUGUUGUGCCCCCUGCAGCAGUGGACCCUGGCAAUGCCAGAACCCCUCCAGAGGGGCCCUCGCAGCCCACCAUGCCUGCCUGUGCCGCUGGGAAGCCAACCGCGGCCGAGCGGCCGCAGAUGGAAGAAUCCACAUCUGUGCUGCCAAAACCAAAACCAAAACCCGGUGGUGAAGAUGAGCCGACUGAUUCUGGAAAAGCUGCCACAGAAGUAAACAGGAGAGAGGGGGUCGACGGCCACCUGCAUCAGCACAAGGGACGAUUGGGAGUGGAGGGCAGUGGCUUAGAGGGCCCUCGAUGUCAGCAGCGAGCACCUUCGGAGGAACCACCAUGGCCCAACAGGAAAUGGCCUUCGUUACAGACACCAUCGUCGGUCAUGCGCCACGACGAGACACAGAGGGCGCCGCUCCACCCACCACCCUUCCGGCACGCGGCAGCACCCUCCAUCUUGGAGAGCGGACGGUCGCCGCCUGUUCCGGGCAGGAUGGAGCUGGCGCCGUAUCCGCCGCUCUCUCCGUCAAUGGUCUCCACCACUACGCAGCGACCCCCAGGGGCUUCCAGCCCGAAGCCAUUCGUCCAUGGAGUGCCGCCGUUCCUGCAAGCUGCAUCCAGCAGCAACUCCUCGGGGAUAUCCGCUGAAGCGAAACCACGUGCCGACAGUUCGGAGGCCUUCCUCGAGUCCAGAACGUGUGACAACAGCAUUCUCGAUCAGUCCCAUGGCAGGAAUCCCCCCGAAUCCCCAUGCCCUAAUCCACACGUCACGGCCAUUACCCAUUCGUCAAAUGUGCCCUCCAGGGAGCUGCCUACCGCCCAUUUCUCAAGUGGUUCCUGGCUCAAAGUCUCUUCGACAAACCCAAUAGGCAGCCAGGGCGUGAGAAGUCUUCUGCUAGAAUGUCUGAAACCACCCCCGCAGCUCGGAUCCACGGUGGCGGAGGCUUCUCCUCGCGUGCCAAGCCUUGGUGCCUCAGGGGUACCUGGAGGUGGUGGCUUCAGCCAGGGCCUUGGCGAUGGGGAGGAUGCUGGCAACGAAAGAAGCAGCCUCGCUCCACAGCCGCCACCAACGCCGUCGCUGCUCCGUGCCGUUGAGACAACCCAAAGCUCUCCUAAUAUUGGGCCCUCGCAGCACAAAGUUGGGCAGCGCAAGCGAGACAAAGCUGGAAAGCACAAGGCUGUCGAGUCGGAGCUAGCAGGCUCUGGGAGAGAGGGGGAUGGUAAGAAGGAGGCGAAGAGAGAGGAGCGCAGUGACAGGGAAAGACUCAAAGCAGGGAGGAAGGCCAGGUUGUCCGGGAAGGACGAGUACCAGCGGCCAGAGCCUCGCAUUACUGACGUAAUGUUCAAGCAGAAGGAAAGCGGAGACUGCGCGGACGAGAGGGGAUGGGGUGAUAUCAACGGCAAGGCCGGUGCUUCGGCUGCACACAGCGGAGUCAGAAGCCAAGAGAGGUCGAAGGACACGGGUGCGGCAGGACAGACUAGAACGGGCGCCAGCGAUGUUGCCACCGCCCGGAACUCCGUGCUGCACAUGUUCUCCGACACACGACACGCUGCCAGCACUGUGAACGCCGUCUCUCCGGCCAGCAGCCAGCCGGCAGUGUCCUACGGCACUGCCUACGGCCUGCAGCAUGGCAUCGGCCACGGCUAUAGGAUGAGUCCGGUGCAGUACCAACAAGUGCAGUACCAGCAGCACCUCCUGGGGCAGAUGUCACGCCACCCCUUUUACCUGUACGAGCAGCACCGCCCAGCGCAGACCGGGCCUGCCCCCCCCCCCGUGAGCCUGGCCUCUGCCCACCCCCUUGGGUACCUGAGCCAGCACGUGCCCCCCAUGGAAGCGCAUGGGGAUCUGGGGAACAGGAUGCCCCUUGCCAUCAACAGGGAGGCUGACCCCUUGCUCUCCUACCCCCUGUCCUCCGCUAUGGCCUCCGCCGUGAGACUGGACUCCAGCAAGCAUCCGGCACAGGAGAGGGGAGUCAGUGACAAGGGGCCAGAGUUUGACAAACGCCGCGGGGAGAACGCUGGCUCGGAUGGCGGCGGCGUGGCCGCGGAGGAUGACGAGCGGCCCGACAGCCCCAAGCAGAUCCUGGACCUGGACAGCCACGCGGCACACACACGCUGGCAGAGGGCCAUGGCGGCUACCACAGCCCAAGCCGGCGUCUCAGCCAUCGCGUAUGGGCCCGCCGUUGUGGCGGCCAACAAGCAGGUGGCCCUCGGCCGCCCUCACCACGCGGCGGCUCACCGCCAGCCCGGGCCUUCGCCUCACCAGCACCCGCCUCAACGGGGGCCCGCACCGCCGCAGUUCUACGGGAGCCCGCCGUACGGCCACCUCCAUGCCCACCCGUCCCACCACCCCCACCAUCCCGGUUUGCACGUGGCCGGCGGGGCAUCCGGAAUGCCGGGCCCGCACUAUGGCAUGCUGAACCCCCCCCCCCACGUGGGGCCUGGCCAGCCGGGCUUGCCGCGGAUCCCCGUCUCAUACGGGCAGCCCACGGGGCGAGUGAGCGCAUUGGAGCAAGCGGACGGGCGCAUGGGCCAUCACCUCCGCAUGCUUAUGCAGCAGCAACAGCUGCCAGGGCACAGCCCAGUCAGGCACAGCAAGCAUGACCAGGGACUGCCGCACAGAGAGGUGGAGCGGGCGGUUGGUGGCUCCAUGGGGCCCGUGGCUCGCGGCGCGGCCCCCACCGCUCAGCCCUAAUGGUGAGCGGUGAGGAGUGACCCAAAGCGGCUGCGACAACACUGGAGUACAUAGGGGGGGUUGUUAACUGGGCAAGAUCUGCACGGGAAGACUCCACAAAGCAGCAACGGAGGCUAUGAGAAGACAGAAGCUCACUCUAGUUUGUCCUGACAUGGUGUCUCCCCGCAGCACCUCUCACGCACUCCCUCUGCUGCGUGCCCCAAAAUUCCUUGUUUUCUCAGGAAAAUUCUGACUGUGUAUAGUAGAGUGAAUUCGAGGUCACGCCACUGUCAUUUUUCCUCGAUGCUCUGCUACAAUUUCUUCAGGUAUCUCAUGUUGGUCCAAUAUUCCAUGAAACGUGCAUCUCGAGGUGAAAUAGCCCCUCGAGUGGUUGAUUAAGGGCAUUUUUACUGGCCAAUUGCCAUUGAUAUUUUGCCCAUGUGGCAGUAAUGCAAUGCUAGUCUAGUCUGUGGUAAACUAGCCGAGCAUUUGGCUGUGUGGACACCGUCCAGUAGCGUACGACAAGAGAAGAGUUGCCACUGUAGUUGUCAACGGUCCAUUGAAACCAGAUCAGUUGCAUGUCGGUGUCCUCCCAAGAUGCAGCAGCCCAGUAGCCCCUGCACUUCGACGCAGACUCAUAGACAGGACUCAUGUGCUCGACACAUCUCAGGAUCAUUGUACCGUCAUAUUUAAGCAAUAAGUGGUGUUGGGGCGACGGGAUUUUGUGCUGCCAUUACCAGCGGCACCCAGCAAAGGCCUUGACCAUCGCUAUCACAGAGUGAAGCUGUAGCUGGGCAUUUUGUAAUUUUAACAGCUGUCACCACGCAAACCUCUUAAGAUAUUUAAACAUUACAUGUUUGAGUCUGAGUAGAUUCUCAAGAAGGAAGCAAAGCCUUACAUGGGCAUCUUUGUCAAAAGGGACUCUUGAAUGUGUGUGUCCUUGUGCUACCGUUACUGAGGAGAACAAAUAGCGCCCACGGGUCUCUAUGCAAAGCCAGGGAGAGGUUGCAGGCCCUGCGCGACCAAGGGCCCUGGCGCAGGUGGCGCCGCGCGUCUCUGGCAGACAGUGGCCCUCACCCUUAGCGGCAGUGCCGCACUGGCGGUUUCCCGCUGACCAUUAUUUAAUAGAUGUAUUACAAUGACGAUAAUCCUUUACGAACAAACGUCCGUUUUUACAAGUAGCGCGUAGGACAGCAUCUGUGUGCCUCCUGUGAGGGGGCAUCCAGCUGUGAGUUGGCGUCCGCGUUCGGUCCCUGUUUUUAUCUCGGGUUAUCGUCGCUCAGGGACCCAGGGGCACAGCGUGCUCGGAGAAUAUGGCCAAGCAACGCUGAUGGUGAUGGGGCCACGCGGUGGCACUCUUGCCUGCGAACCCAUCCGGCAGCUUCGGGCCUCUGGAAAUGUGGCCACCAACAUGCGCUUUUCUGUCUCAACUUGUCCAGCGGAUUCUCUCGUGCGUCGUGGUUUAUGCAGGUGGCACGGUCCAGUAAUAUUAAUUCCUCACUCGAGUUAUGUGUUAUUUAUGCGGCAUGCAGAGGCAGCUGUGGUUUUAAUAUUUUUUUUUCCAAUUUCGGGAUCUCAUUCCCGAUGGUGUUACGAGCAUAAUAAAGUACAUAGCAGUGAGGCAGCAACUGGAAAGAUUAAGUCUUAGAGCUCCUUACAGGAUGACCACUCCAGAGUGCAUGUGUGUGAGCCUCAUGCUGGCUGUUAGCACACACAGCAUGAGGCUUUCUUUUGUGAUAAUUUUAAUGCAGUUUAGUCAACCUUAGUUUACUGUAAAAAAUGUCUUAAAUGCGAGAGGUUUCCUUAUGAAAUUCCUUAAAUUUUUGUAACAUAUGCCUUGUAACUACAAUAGACUGCAACGUGGAAAUAGGAGAGAGUCUCCACGUGAACUGACAAGUGUGGCGCAACUCGCCCUGGGUAGCCGGGUGGUGCACUGGUAACACUGGCGCCUCACAGAAAGGACCUGGGUUUGAUUCCCGACUUAGGUGCCUUUCUGUGUACAGUUUGUAUGCUCUCCCCAUGUUCUGCAUGGGUUUUCUCCGGGUUCCCCGGUUUCCUCCCAUAAUUUAAAAACCCAUACAAUGUAACUGGUAUUGCUGAAAUGUCACUUAACCACUGACUGUCGUGGCUAAAAAGCAAGAACAAAGACACAAUGGAAUUGUACAGAAAAAAACGAGUGACCGAUAACCUUGCAUAUAUUAACAAGCUUAGCCAUCUCCUUACCUCUAAAAAGAUGAGUCGAUGCUCUAGCUCCUUAACGCUAGCAGGUCUGUUUAACUCUAGCAGGUCUGUUUAACACGUAGAGUUUCACACCCAAUGUUAUGAUUUAUUAUUUGAGUCAGAUCACGGGGGUACAAUGCCCAUUUGUGUCGUACACCCUUCUUCACCCGACACAGACAAUGGGCGUCCCGGCCUUUUCUCAUGUGGCCCCUUUGGCUGUGAAAUUCACUUCUAUGAGAUAUUCAGUCUGCCGAGUCCCUCUUUAUUUAAAUCUUUCCUUAGGACCCAUUAUUUCUCAAAGGCAUUUUCACUUCACUAAUAAUCAUGUAUUUUCACCCAUGGGGUGUUCUCAUCACGAACAUGCAUGGCUGUUAUUAUGUUUUCACUAUUUGUUAAGUUAUUUAUGUUUAUGCUCCAUACAACACCUUGUCACCUCAGGGUGUAAGGUUCUUUACAAGUGUAAAUUAUUAUUAAACGUGCCAAUUUGUAUUGAAGAGCAGGUCCUCAACAUUUUACAAUUUUAUUCACAAUGUUGAGCGUUGUGGGUUGUUCUUCAAUACACCAUUGCACUGAAGUUAUAAAAAUAGGUGCGUUUGUUCAUGUGACAACUUUAUUUGGCAAUCGAUUGGAGGAGGGUGUACGACACACAUUAAUAUCACAAUCGUUGGAUCUGACCCAAAAUAUUCAAUUGUGAAUCUAACAAGUCUGGCCCUUGUUCUCGUCGCAGACCUCAGGCUAGCCUACCUUUCUAGGUCUUGGUUUGCACCGGGGGUCGAAGUAAGGCUGGACACAGUUCCACGCCGACCCGUGCCAUGGCCACUGCUGCUCGCGGAGCCUGGUUUCUCGGGUGACCCAAGUGCGACCACCGCUGUUCUACCUCACCCUGCGUCCACCCUCCCUAAUCCCUGCCCGCCAGGCUGUUUUGGUUUGGCAAGGUUAACUCGGGCUCAUGGACGUUUACAACGCAAGAAUGCGAUCGCUGACCGAGCCUGGCUGCGUGUGGACAGAACCACGGGUCACCUCAUCUCACGCGUCACUUCAUCAAGGGAGGGCGGGGGGGCGCAUCGGGCACAGUGUGUCGCUGAGCUGUUGUCUUUAACGAAGAGUGCUGUAGCGGUUACACUUGUCAGGAAUUUAGAAUGUUACAUGUAACUUUUCGUUUUAAACUGAUGUCAACUUUGCUUUGUCAAUUCGGUUAUGUGUUUGUAUGUCAGGGACGCUGUACAAUAAACCUUUAAUUAAGGCUGG